CCACCAGUGAUCAGGUUCUGUGGCUGGCAUACAGAUGGCAUCAGACCCAGAGAAGCCGGAGCAGCGGGGGGCCUCAGCAUCCUUUCCUUGCUCAGCCUGCGACAUGGUUUUCCCUUCAAGGACUCUUCGGGAGAGUCACGCCUAUCGCUUCUGCAUUGGCCCCCUUACUCCAGGAGGGCCCAGGGGCCGAAGGAAGAGCCCAGCCGGGCCCUCAGCCUCCCUCCCACUUGGCAGAGAAGGCCAGUCACACCACCCUGAGGAUCAGCUGGAGACCCCCAGAAAAACCCCAGGCCAGGGGGAAGCCAGUGGAGCCAGUCUGAAGAGGCUGACAGAGGAGGUUCAAAGGCUUCGAAUGUCCCUACAAGAGAUGGCUUCUCUCCAGAAGGGCACUGCAGGGUCCCGUGCACACCUAGAAGAAACUCAUGCACGGCGUCUGGCAGAGAUUGGAGCCCGGACUCAGAGGCUGGAGAAGCACCGGGAGGAGAUCAGGCAGCAGCUCGGGGGUCUGGCUGGGGGUGACGCUGGCACCAGUAUCCUGGGGCAGGUGAUGCUGGUGAUCCAAGCCCAAGAGAAAAGGACUCAGCUGGCUCUGGACACUCUUGGGGAGCGUGUAGAGAAACUGCAGGCACGGACUCAGCCAGAUCUCCCAGCAGCAGUGAAGGAGGAGGAGGAAGGGUCCAGCCUCAGCCUCUUAGCCCUCCCAGCCAGUCAAGGGGUCCUGACUUCUGAGAUUCGGGCCCUACAAAUGUCCUACCUCCAGUCUGGGGGCAAGGACCCCGGAGUCCUGGCCAAGAUAUGGGAGCUCUAUCUGGAGGCUGCACUGUUGGAAGGGGGGACUCAGAAGAAGCAAGGGAAGGCAAGUGUUGGCCCCCGGAAACCAGACACACGGUCGCAGGCCCUAGAAGCUAUCAAUGGGCACUUGGAGGCUGAGAUCCUGGCCCUGCAGAUGCAGAGAGGACCCCGGAGAGCCCGGCAGGGCCUGUGGGAGCCCCAUGCCAAGGAGGGGAUUGGCCUGCUCCGGAGAGGAAGAGGGGGCUCUGCCCGCCUGCCACCCCCCGUGGCUCCUCCAUUGCCACCUCCUCCCCCAGGACCCUCCAGGGACACCCCUUUCUUAGGCAUGAUGGAGACCAUAGAAGCCCCAGCCCAGAGCCGCCACCUCUUGCCACCGCCCGAUGUGCUGGGCCCAGCUCCUUAUGACCCAGGGGCCGGAUUUGCCAUCUUCUAUGACUUCCUGCUGGGACUGGAGCCCGGGUGGUCACAGGUGCAGCUGGUGACGGGGCUGGCCCGGGGCGGGCAAGAGACGGGGCCCAGCACUGCCCUGCCCCCCAGCCCCUGUCUACCACUGCCCCCCACCCCAGGGGCUCCCCUGGGCAACUGUGCCAUUCUGGCAGCCAGGCAGCCUGUGCCCAGGUUGCCUCCCUCCCUGGCUGUGACCUUGAUCACAGAGCUUCAGGCCUGGGGCCUUUGGGAUGGUGGCCAGGAGCCCAGACCGCAGGCUUGGACCAGCGUGCAGCUCUUUGACAUGGAGCAGCGAGUGCUGAGUGGACGCUGGAGGCUGCCUCUGAGAGCCCUGCCCCGGGUACCAGGCCUUAGUUCCAGGCAGCUCAAUGCCAUCCCUCAGGCUGGUCAGAUUGAGUUGUACCUGAGAAUCGCAAAUGCAAGAGAUGCUGAGAUCCAGGUGCUGGCCAGGAUAGACCCAGUGCAAGGCCAGAAAUACAGCUAUCUGCCUGCGGUAUCCAACUCAGCCUCUCUGGAAGACAGCAACCUGUACUCUCACUUCCUGGGGCCCCCCAGCCUGCUGCCCUCCCUCUCCCUAUCUGAUGGCUUCCAUGACCCUCCGCCUGCUCCAGAGUAGCUUGCACAGGACCCCUCAACUCCUCUCCAGGCCUGGUUCCUCAUCUUUAAAAUGAGCAGGGGGCCUCAU